UAAUAACAUCCAAAAUCCACUAAACAGGGAUACAUAUUAUUAUGGGGACUAAAACAUACAGAAAGCAUGAUGCAAGCUUCUUCAGGCAAAAGGGAGAUAUUUGAUCAGUUGAUACAAACCUUAAAAAUUGGUCUAAGGAUGGGGACCCAGUGUAUUCAUCCAUGAAGGGUAGUUCCAAGAUGAUGUGAGAUCAUAGUAACCUUAGGCUCAUCAUUGCCUCUCAGCCUCACCUACCUUACAAGAUUGUUGUGAGGAUAAAGCAGCGGGCAAGCUAUAAACACUGCCAGGAAUUCCCAGGAAGAAAGGUACCUGCUCCCAUGGCGUUUGGGGAAGGAGUCUCUUCAGCACCAGAUCAGGAUUCUGCUCAUGGAGGGCACCUUGAACUUCAGUACAGAGGGCUGAAGUACAGAUAGCAGAAGCUAGCUUGGGUGGAGAAAGAGAAGGCCUGCAUCCUGUUCCCUAAAGGACUGCUCUGGUGAUGACGUACUUGGUGAGCCAUGAUUCCAGUCACAGAAUUACGUUACUUUGCUGAUACCCAGCCAGCCUACCGCAUCUUGAAGCCCUGGUGGGAUGUCUUUACGGAUUACAUUUCUAUAGUGAUGCUGAUGAUUGCGGUGUUUGGAGGGACGCUGCAAGUCACCCAGGACAAAAUGAUUUGCUUGCCUUGCAAAUGGGUUACCAAAGAUGCUUGCAAUGACUCCUCUAGAGACUGGACACCAGCAAACCUGGACACAAGUUAUUAUAACUCUUCUCUAGCCCCAUCUGCGGACACGGGACCAACAGGGAUCAAAUAUGAACUUGACAGGCACCAGUAUAAUUAUGUGGAUGCUGUGUGCUAUGAGAACCGCCUUCACUGGUUUGCCAAGUAUUUCCCUUACCUGGUGCUGUUACACACUCUGAUCUUCUUGGCUUGCAGUAACUUCUGGUUUAAGUUCCCAAGGACCAGCUCCAAACUGGAGCAUUUUGUCUCCAUUCUGCUGAAGUGUUUUGACUCUCCUUGGACCACAAGGGCCCUCUCUGAGACAGUGGUGGAGGAGAGUGAUCCCAAGCCAACCUUUGGGAAAAUGAACGGUUCCAUGGACAAGAAAGCCUCUACUGUCAGUGAAGAUGUAGAAGCCACUGCUCCAAUGCUGCAGAGGACAAAGUCUCGGAUUGAGCAAGGAAUUGUUGACCGGACAGAAAAUGGUGUCUUGGACAAGAAGGAAGGAGAGCAAGCCAAGGCCCUUUUUGAAAAGGUCAAAAAAUUCCGGACACAUGUUGAGGAAGGGGACAUAGUCUAUCGUCUCUACAUGAGGCAGACCAUCAUCAAGGUGAUCAAGUUUAUCCUCAUCAUUUGCUACACUGUGUACUACGUCAAUAAUAUCACCUUUGAUAUUGAUUGCAAAGUGGAUAUUGAGAGCUUGACUGGCUACCGCAUGUAUCGCUGUGCUCACCCUCUGGCCACCCUCUUCAAAAUCCUGGCUUCUUUCUACAUCAGCCUGGUGAUUUUCUAUGGCCUUAUCUGCAUGUACACGCUCUGGUGGAUGCUCCGGCGGUCACUCAAAAAGUACUCCUUUGAGUCCAUUCGGGAAGAGAGCAGCUACAGUGACAUCCCUGAUGUCAAAAAUGACUUUGCCUUCAUGCUACAUCUCAUCGACCAGUAUGACCCCCUCUAUUCAAAGCGUUUUGCCGUCUUCCUCUCUGAAGUGAGUGAGAACAAACUCAGGCAGCUGAACCUCAACAAUGAGUGGACCCUGGAAAAAUUGCGCCAGAGGAUCACAAAGAACUCCCAGGAUAAGUUGGAGCUUCACCUCUUCAUGCUCAGCGGCAUCCCAGAUACAGUCUUUGACCUUAUUGAGCUGGAGGUUUUGAAGCUAGAACUCAUUCCUGAUGUCACCAUCCCUCCAAGCAUUGCUCAGCUCACCAGCCUCAAGGAGUUGUGGCUGUACCAUACGGCAGCCAAAAUAGAGGCCCCAGCCCUUGCCUUCUUGAGAGAAAACCUGAAAUCUUUGCACAUCAAGUUCACAGACAUCAAGGAGAUCCCACUGUGGAUCUACAGCUUAAAGACUCUGGAAGAACUCCAUCUGACGGGGAACCUGAGUGCUGAAAAUAACCGGUACAUUGUAAUUGAUGGGCUGAGGGAACUGAAGAGGCUCAAAGUGCUAAGGCUGAAGAGCAAUCUCACCAAGCUGCCCCAGGUUGUGACUGAUGUUGGUGUCCAUCUUCAGAAGCUCUCAAUCAACAAUGAGGGCACCAAGCUCAUUGUCCUGAACAGUCUGAAGAAGAUGGUCAAUCUGACAGAACUAGAGCUGAUCCGCUGUGACCUGGAACGCAUCCCACACUCUAUCUUCAGCCUUCACAACCUUCAAGAGAUCGACCUCAAAGACAAUAAUCUCAAGACCAUUGAAGAGAUCAUCAGCUUCCAGCACCUUCACCGUCUCACUUGCCUUAAGCUCUGGUACAACCAUAUUGCCUAUAUUCCCAUGCAGAUCGGCAACCUCACCAACCUAGAACGCCUUUACCUUAACCGCAACAAGAUCGAGAAGAUCCCCACCCAACUCUUCUAUUGUCGAAAGCUUCGGUAUUUAGAUCUCAGCCACAACCUCCUGAUUUCUAUACCAGCGGACAUUGGGAUGUUGCAAAAUCUACAAAACCUAGCUGUGACGGCCAACAGGAUUGAAAGCCUCCCCGCGGAGCUCUUUCAGUGCAGGAAACUUCGGACGUUGCACCUGGGCAACAACGUGUUGCAGUCCUUGCCUUCCCGGGUGGGCGAGCUGACAAACCUCUCUCAGAUUGAACUGCGGGGCAACCGCUUGGAGUGCCUGCCGGUGGAGCUGGGAGACUGUCCAUUGUUGAAGCGCAGCGGGCUGGUGGUGGAGGAAGACCUUUUCAACACAUUGCCCCUGGAGGUUAAAGAACGGCUGUGGAGAGCUGACAAGGAACAAGCUUGAGAUACAUGUGCACACAGAGUCACACCCUGGGAAAGGGGGAAAGGGAGGAGAAGGCAGUACUCCUGACCAGAUCACUGGGGAAAUUCAAGCUGCCAUUCUCCUUCUCAGUUCUCCCCCUGCUGCUCUGAAAACCUCCCGUCUUGAAACCUGGCUCACCACACAGACACACCCCUCUCUGCCCAGGAAACUUUCAGAAGCAGGUGGGAAUGAGGCUGUUUUGUUCCUUCAAAAUGAAGGACCCUUUGGCUGGGAGGUGGUGGCCCUUCCAGGCUGGGUGAGGACUAGUCUGCAGUCUGCAGGACAGGAAGCUGGACACUGGCGUAAUGGGGCAGAAACAAGUGGCAAGUUCUAAGAUCUGUUGCACAGCUCGAGCUCCAGAUCAAAAGGAACAGUAAGGAUAAAGCGAGGGGAAGACUUAUCUUUUCUAAGGCUGACUGCGGCCGUAUUAUCUCCGCUGUGGCUCCUACUGGGAACCAAACGUCUUCACCUCUGCACCAUCCAGCCCUUCAGCCUGCCAACCCAACCAUACAUGUUGACACUAACUUUGCUGCAUAGCAAUGUACUGUACCUUUUGGUUGAACAUUUAGGAUGCUGCUACAGGAAUUAAGAGACAAUCUCUCUCUCUCUCUCUCUCUCUCUUCAUUUUGAAAAUACAUUUUAAAAAUGAAAUCUGUCAUCUUACCUUAGAUCACUGUAUACCAAAUUGAUUUUUUAAACCUCAGUUCAUGUUUCUUCUUUUUUUGUUCGCUCCCACCUAAUGGUUCAGAAAUAAGGAACUGUUCCAUCUCCCAAUUUGCAUCCCUUAGUUCAGUUGCAUCAGCUAUGAGGAUUAGGAUGAAAUUGCAAUUGUAGCAUCUCCCAGGAUUAGUUGGACUAAGGUUUUCUUUUGUUUUCUUUUGUUUUGUUUUAAAUAAUGUCCUUGAAAUCUUGUGUCUGAGCGAGGAUGCUGUUCAGAAAAGGUUUUUUCAAGACCAAUUGGUAAUAAUUUACCUGGAUGUGUUAAUUUUUGAAAUUACUUUCUAAUUCAUUAAAACUUAAUUGCUUUUUAACUCUCUCAUUCCUCAUAGCAGUCGGGAGUAUUUGAAACAAAGCAGUCUGUUAAAAGUAUCCCUUUUGCUUAGCAAUAUGGAUGAUGUUGGUUAAACACUAAAAACAAACAUGUAGAGCUUUCUUCAGCAUUUCUUGUACAACAAAAAAAUAGCAGCUGGACUGGAUCAUACAUAUGCCCCCAAUGGUUUCUUUGCGGUUUAUGGGGAAGACAAGUCUUUGCCUCCAUUAUCAAAAUUGUAGCAUUGGCUGGUUUCUGUCUCUUUCAUACCUCUUGAAUUCUUUCUUCAGUGUUAAAGGAAAGGUAUAAAAUACCUUCCAGGCAUUAUCUUGGUAGUGGUGGAGCUUGUUUUUCAUUUCCCAUUUCCAUGCUAGGAAAUUUGCAAAGCAGAAUAUGGGGGUAUUUAAGCGAAGUCUAUGCAAGGAAGUGAGGAACCCUUACUGAAACAAAUAGGAGUUUGCACUACAAUUUAAUCCACUUGUCCACUGGAAGUUGAAUGUUUUAUUUUUUAAAUGGCUGUCGACUUGUAACAAAUCGUCAGGUCUUAGCAUAAUUCUCCAUCUAGAAACCAGUCUGUUAAAUAAAAGAGGAGUUCCAUGAUCUGGUUCCCUUGAGAAUGAAGUGAGGCAUUUUGUGUCGGAGGGAGAGCAGGCGCCAUCUAAGUCAAACAGCUUUUGCUUUCUGCUGAACUUGCCAGGAAGGUGUUGGCUUUGCCAAAUCUACGUGCAUAUAUUUGAAAAGAACACACACACACUAUCACUCUCUCACUCCUCUUGUUUUACCUUUAGAUGUUUAUGACAGUAAAGAGGAUUUUAAAAAGCCACUGCUCGCUUUCCUUUCUUCCGUGUCUGAUGUAAUCGGAGAAAGACCCGCACGCACUAGCGAAGCUGACAAAACCAUGUGAAAAUCAAUGUUAACCCGACUCUGGUAUUGUCGAUGUUUAAAUAAAGCUUCAUGGAAAUCCUUGGAA